CUGAUUGAUGUUUUCAUGUUUAAUGGUGAGAGAUUAGAAACCCCCAGUGAGCCUCCGGUGGCCAGUCUCCUCCUCCCUGUGUGCUGUAGGCGGGCCCCGGGCCCCUCCCUCUCCGUCUGCAUUAAAUCCUCCAGCUCCUGUCCGGGUGCAACACACUGCAGUCUCCAUCAGCCCUCCGCACUGCGCUCUCUAUGCAGGGCUUUCUUCAUUGCCGUAGCUAUUUUGUCCCUGGUGGUUUCCAUUGAAAGCAGCGUGGGACCAAGCACCAACACCAGCUUCUGCACUGAGUCUAAGGAAUGUCUGGAAUAUGAACUGGUCUGCAAAACGGACGAGUAUGAAGUGCGACACCUUACCCCCACUCGCUGGGUGUCGACAGAUGCCGAAGCCUACUUCAUGGGAGUGGGAGCAGCCAUGGCUUUCAGGAGACUCUUCCAGUACAUCAACGGAGCUAACGAUGAAGGCUUGAAGAUGGAGAUGACCGCCCCGGUACUGGUGAAGGUCCCAGAGGAAACCAAGCUCUGGGAGCCGGCCGUCUACACACUCAACUUCCCGCUGCCGGCGGCCUAUCAGGACAAACCGCCCGCGCCCACCAACGACAAGGUGUAUUUUACGGCGAUGCCGGACAUGGAUGUGUAUGUGAGGAGCUACGGAGGCUGGAUGCUGUCGGUCACCUCCAGGCUUCACUCCCACCUGCUGACCAAAGAGCUGGAGCGAGUUCACGCCUCCUACAACCACACCUACCACUAUGGAGUCGGUUACGACAGUCCCUUGAAGCUGCUGAACCGGCAUAACGAGGUGUGGUACGUGGCCGAAGGGGAACCGGUGUGCACAGACCCACGGGAGCCCACUCCCGCACACACUCCCCGGCCCACGCCGACCCACUUGCUCACGGACUCGCCGUCAGAGAUGCUGUCCGACUCGCCCUACCUCCCUCCGUCCAACCUGUCCUCAAACACCACCUUUAACUCCUCCUCUUCCUCCCUGCUGCCCUCCGACCCCUCGGCCAUCCUCCCGUCCGAAACCCCGGCGAGCAACUCAUCCGAGCCUCACACCGAGGCCGCGUUCAGUCACCCUCCGUCCUCCGCCCUCAUGGCAGAGGACCCGACGGUGGCCAACGCCUCGGUCCCGGCCUCCGCCAGCCCUUCACUGGAGCUGGAGCGCGAGGCCGGCGCGUGGAACUUCACGACCAGUAGCUCCGUGGACACACAGGCUAACGCUGGCACCGAGGUCCAACCAGACGACGCCCAUUAGCAACACUGAAGCUUUCGAUGUUAGAUAUACAGAAGAGAUGCACUCUUUGGUUGUUUAUUUCUCUAAUAUGCAAUCUGCUCUCAUUUUACCACAGCUUUGUUCCUGCUCCACCCAGAGUAUCUGUUCACUGUGUCACUCCCAAGUUACCUAACUGCUGCAUUACAGGUAGAUGUGAGGUUAAACUAUAUUAAUCAGAUUUAACUGUUAGGACUUAAAUCUGCUUUAAUCUGAUAAACACAAUGCAGGGAUUAACUACAGUAGACCGUUACGUCUGUAGAAAGUGAACUGUCUUGAUGUGAAGAAGUUUGACUUUCUGCUCAGCUCCAUCGCCGACUUUCUUCUUCUGCUGUAAGUGUGGCGACAUAUCAGUGCAGUCAUUGUAAAACCAGCGUGUGCUUUCAACGGGAUCUUUGCUGCACAAAUAAUCACACUAAAGUGUUAACUUAAGAACAAAGUAAUAACAUUUUAGCAUUUUUUCCUGCAUUUUAUUAUUUAAUUUAGCUUCCAGGGAAGGAAAGAGCCAUCUAAAAGUGCAAGUGAAGUAAGCAGUCCUACUUAAAGCACUAAACGUAGCUGGGGCUACAUAAAUGCUUAGUUUUUUCUUUAAAACUGAGCAUGGUUAAAACAACUCCAACACAAGUUAAUCUGUCUUUCCCACAGAGAAGUAUUAUUCACUUCACUCUGCUUGAAAUAAAACCAUUUAACAAAUCUUUCUGCUUUCAUUAAACUGGCAUUGUUCUUGAAAAAUGUCUCUAAAAAAAGUGUAAUUAUGUUCUUUAAAACUGCACCAAAGAUCCCAGAGAAACACGCUGCAUCAAACCAAUGCAAUAAAAUGUAUGUAUGUAACUUAAAAAAUAAUCAUUCGGUUGCAAUGCAUCUCAGAGCUACGUGGUAAAUCUACUGAGGAAGCUGCAAUAAAAUGGUACACACUUAUGAA